UUUUCUCCGCACUUUAGUUCAAGUCUUACCAUCAUGUGGCCAAAAAGUAUACGUAAGUAUCGACUUAUUUGAGCCAUUUUUGAUAAUCAUGGCCUUUUUCAUAUCUUUGUCCCGCCUACCCAUCACUCAGGACGCCCGGUGCAUUGGGCCGUUUAUUCUUUCAAUUUUGUAUUCCCGCCUAUCCCUAUGUGACUUUUCUCUAUUUUUACCCAAAAUCGAAGAAGAGAUGCGAUUGCCUUCUGGCCUUCGGUCAAUGAAAUAUUGUAUGGAUCAUGUUUUGGACCACUAUAUGCAUGAAUUUGAAUUCGGGGAGAUCUACUGCAUGUUGAUGAACUUUUGAGUUUUUACUCGCACCGUAGAAGAUCUGGAGCCCCUUUCAUUUUGCAAGAAUGCGUAAAGGUGGGGCCGAAAGCGAGCAGACCACACGGUAUGCGACCGGUGGCGCACCCAGUGACUUCAGUCAGUCCGACGCGGACUCGGCCUCCUCUGCGGACUACCUUCGGCCGAGUGCGACGCAGAGGGAACGAGACCGAGCGUUGGGUGCAGUAGAGCAUCAACAUGGUGGCCUCUUCGGCUCAGGAGAAGGAAGUAGUGCUGCGAGUGGUUCGACUUCCACACAACGACAACAACAAAUCACCACGGACUACUCAGGAUCCAAACCCUUCCUCGGCCUUCCCACAAAGCGGCCGGAGGUGGGGUUUGGACUGCUAGUGGCCAUCUUUUUUGGCGCGAUCGUGCAACUGCUGGGUUUCAACGCGCAACUCCUGGUCGCGCAUUUUUUGGAAGCCAGCGUGUUCCCCUCCAGCAGCUGGGGGUCGCUGCAAACCUUCCCCUACUCCGGAUCCGCGGUUCUCGGAUCAUUCAUGUCGCUGUUUUGCCUGAACGCGAUGCGCCUCAAGAAUUCCCAGAAACAGAAGAAGCGCAGAUCCGGGCAAGACCACCGAUCCGGCACGGGGGAGACGGAGCACCAGUCCAAAAGUCAACAGCCGAGCUUCUUCGCGACGCACUUGCUGAAAUUCCACACCAUGUUCCUCGCCAGUCUGGUCGUUUUGACGCUGAGCUACCAACCCUUGAUGUCGCUCGCGAUAAGUAACAAAACCAUGUCCCUCGCGAUCGUCAGUCUGUGUUUGAACGGGUUCGCGCAGACCAUGCUGGCCGCCAUCCUCACCUCCUUGUGCGCCGCGCUGGAAGACCCCCGGGCAAUGGUGGCCUACAACCUGGGGAAUGCGGCGGCGGCCUGGCCCAACGCGAUUUUUGGCAUCACGUUUGUGUCGCAAACGGCUUUCCAGCCGUCGGUUGUAUUCUCCCAGGUAAUUUUUGCCGUGAUCACGGGGCUCACCGUGGUCUACUACCUGUUCUACUGGACAACCCUGAAGCCCUACACGGACUCCACUAUGGACAGCGUCAGUCCGGCGAACGAAAGUCGGGAAAGCCUGGCGAGUUUACAGGGCGACGAGGACGCCAGUAUCGCUUCCGGAAGCUCCUCGCCGCUGCACUCCGCAAGAUCCGCGGACAACAAUUACGGGACCGCCGCGGCGAUUACCUCGCAGCAGAUCGAGCUCGCGGGCCGGAAGGACGACUUCAAAACGCGGUCGUUCUGGCAAAUUGUCACCUCCUCCUGGACGCUGGUGGCCGCGAUGUUUUUGCAGUUUGUCGGCACCUUCAUCGUGUUUCCCGGGGCCUUGCUGAAGUGGAAACCGGUGGAAAACACGUCGCUGACCUUGGAGCAGCAGUGGCAAGUUUUACUCGCGAUUUUUACCGUGUUUGACACCGUCGGACGGUACACCCCCCGCCUGGUGGACAUCCCGGCCCGGUUUUUGCUCUUGACCGUGUUCGCGCGCAUCGCCGUCAUGAUCCCGGUCAUGAUCCUGAUGACCUACCUCGCCGCCGGCCUGGCAGCGCAGAUCAUUGUGGUUAUCGUGUUUGCGACGACGCAGGGACACCUGACAACAAACAUUUUCAUCCGCAGCGGAGAGUACGCACUGGGGUACUUAUCGAAAUGCUUUUGCCUAUAACUUUAUGCUUGGACUUGUCUUGUCUUUUUCAUGGAACCAGACAGAAGAGUUGGAGAUGCCUCGGCCUCCAAAGCAAUAAUAUUACAACAGAGCAAGAAGUGAAGAGAUAGCUGAAUUCGAAUUCCAGGUUUCUUUAUCAGCAGAGUGCUUCGUAGUUUUCUGAUGGUGCUCUUGAUAUUGAUGCCCGAAACAUAUUCCCAAUAAUCAAACUCAAAUCUUUCAGGUAUCGAGAGCUUGCGGUGUUGGGGCCAGUGAUGAAUUCCGCCCUGAUGAUCGGCAUUCUGAUCGGGAGUUCGAUUCAAUUUGGCAUGGCUUCCUGUUUGCCGAACCACAACACCUCGCCCACGGCGGCGGGUGGAUCGCAGGGGGUGGCUUUUGCCCCGUGAAGGGGCUGAUAAAAUCGAAAAUCACCGAGUGUUGCAUGGCGAAAAUGAUUUGAUGAAAAAGAAACAGUUUCAUCUACCAACAUCGAAACUUAAUAAGCCAAAAUUUUGUAGUAUUUUGUCGUGUCGUGCUGCACGAUUUCAGUUUUACAGCGUUAUAUAUCCUUUUUUUUGAUUUUGACUCACUUUUUUUGCUUUUCUUUUGCAGCUCUAUUACUGCUUGUUCAUGCCCAUACUACACGAAGGGCUAGACAUGCAAGGAGAAGCAGAGUACCGAAACCGUCGAGGUGAAACAUCGAAAAACAUGGACAACAAAAAACAAAACGAUAACACUAGGAACGCUGUUGCACGAAGCACGCACCC